AUGGUUCCUCCUCCAAAUAUGCAAAGUGCUGGCUACCAACAAUCUUCCAAUUGGCAAAAGUUCAAAAUGGGUUUGGCCAUGGGUGGUGCUGUCGGUGUGGUGACUGGAUUUUUAUUCGGUGGUUACGCAAUUCUGAAAAACGGUGCACCAAACGGAGUGAUGCAAACAAUGGGCCAAUACGUUCUGGGUUCUGCAGCUGCCUUCGGUAUGUUCAUGUCGAUUGGUUCGGUCAUUAGAUCUGAUUCCGAGUUGGCUAAUGCAGGAUUGAUUUUGGGUGCAGGUCAGAAACCAGAGAAUUUGGCCGAGUUGAAAGCUAAUUUGAUGGCCAGGCACAUGAUAAAUAUGGAGAGAAUGAAAAGAAACUGA